AGGAUGUCUUCCAGACUUCUUACUGACAAAAAACGCUAGAAAACAAGACUAGCAUUUGUCAAAUGGGGCUCUCUCUCCAUUUUUCUCCACACACCUGUCCUUUAGGGGGAGAAGAAGAGGAGAAUAGCAUGAAAAGUGCAAAAUGUUUCAAAUUCCUGUUCAAAACCUUGAUAAUAUCAGGAAGGCUCGAAAAAAGGUGAAGGGCAUUCUUGUGGAUCUUGGGCUCGACAGCUGCAGGGAAUUGUUAAAGAAUCUUAAAAGUUUUGACCCAGGUGAAAAACACUUUUGUAACACUUCAUGGAGUGAUGUCUGUCCUUGGGAAUCUGUGGGCAAAAGGAAGAGAUACAGAACAAAGCCGUACUGCUGUAGCUUAUGCAAGUUCUCGUCAAAAUUGCUUACUUCAUUCAAGAAUCACUUGCACCGUUACCAUGAGGAUGAAAUGGACCAAGAGCUGGUGGUUCCUUGCCCAAAAUGUGCAUUUGCUUCUGAUCCCAAAAUAGUGGGAAAACAUAUCCGGAUGUUUCAUUCAUCUAAUAAGAGAAUACAGAACUAUACAGUCAGUAUUUUGGAUGGCAUGAAACAAUUCAGAAGUGACAUCAUAAACUUUACGUGUCUAAAAUGUCACUUCACAGACACGCUGUAUUACAAUAUGAAGAAACAUGUGCUGAUGAACCAUUUUCAAAACUUAAUAAGUACGUAUUUUGGCCAGAAACCUGAUGAAAGUAAAAAUAAUUCUAUUGAGCACUACUGUAAAAAAUGUAAUGCUUCUGCAAACAGCCAAGAUUCUUUAAUGUAUCAUGUCUUGACAGCUGAAACGCACCGAGACCUGGAGAACAAACUGCGGUCUGUGAUUUCAGAACAUAUUAAGAAACCAGGACUUGUGAAACAAAUGCAUAUUGCUCCAAAGCCUUCCCAAGACGCGGCAGCGGGGUCGGGGGGCCCUGCCACUGCCCCUGCAGGUUCCCUCACAGCUCCACCUUGCAUCCAGCUUGCGUUUCCACAGAAUACUCAAAACCAGAGUGUGGUGCAGCCAACAGCAGUUCAAAACACAGUCAGAUCACUGACUGUUCCAAGUGCCUCUGGUAGCCUUCCGCAUACAACUUCUGCUGCGGUUGUUAGCCCCUCAUGUGUUACUUUUGUGUCCAGUAAUCUUCCUGUAGGUCAGAAUAAUGUUAAUGUUCAGCCAUCACCUUCCCAGCCUGUCAUUGUUUCCCAUCAGCUCCCCCUUAAUCAGCCUGUGGGGGCUGGAGCUAUUCCUCUAAAUCAUUCCGUUGGGACUGUAAGUAGAACUGUGGCCCCUGCCGUUCUUCCUCUAAAUCAACCUGCCAGGCCCGGGCUCUUCCCAAUUAACCAGCCCGCUGGUGCUAUAAAUGGUGCGGUGGCAGCCCGGGCGCUCCCUGUCCCCCGCCCUGCCCCCCCUGCCAGUCAGCCGGUGGCAGCGGGAGUUCUGUCCGUCAGCCCGUCGCUUGGGAACGUCAACAGGCCCAUUGGUCCCGGGGUCCUUCCUGUGGCGCAGCCGGGGACGUCGGGGGUUCUCCAGCUCAACCAGCCCAUUGCCUCUGGGGUUGUUCCUGUCAGACAGCCCGUCAGACCUGGCUUUCUUCAGCUUAAUCAACCUGUAGCUCCCACGGUUAUCCCUGUCAAUCAGCCAGUUCAACCUGCAGUUUCUCAAAACACAACUUUUUUGACUACGGGUUCUAUACUUCGGCAGUUGAUUCCAACCGGUAAGCAGGUUAACGGGAUACCUACCUACACGCUUGCCCCGGUGUCGGUGACUUUGCCUGUACCUCCCGGUGGUGGAGUAGCGACCGUUACCCCUCCACAAGUGCCCAUCCAGCUAAUGCAGUCGGGGACAGUAACUCAGCUGUCCCAGUCACCAGCUGGUGCCCCGUCUCCUCCUGUGGUUUUAACCUCUCAGAAUAUAUCGUUACAAGGCUCCCCCCCUGCUCCUGAAACAAGCCAGGCUGUCAGACAGGCGAAGCAGUGGAAGACUUGCCCUGUUUGCAAUGAGCUUUUCCCAUCAAACGUCUACCAGGUGCACAUGGAGGUGGCCCACAAACAUGGUGAAGUAAAAAUGGAGCAGACCCCGGAACCUGACAAACUCAGUGAAGUAAAAAUGGAGCAGACCCCGGAACCUGACAAACUCGCGGCUUGCGCGCCCUUUCUGAGGUGGAUGACGGAAAAGGCAAUCCGGUGUUUUUCUUGUAAACGUUUUCUCUUUGAGAAGGAACUCAUGAAACAUCUCUUGAUGCAUGGCUUAGCUUGCUUGUUUUGCACAGUUACCUUCCAUGACUUAAAAAGCCUCCUGGAGCACAACAAAACUACACAUAACGGCAAGAAGCAGUUGCACGCGGAUUACAGCAACAGAGGAUUCCAGCUAGGUAAUGAUGCUCAGGGUGACCUUGUAUUUCCACACUUUGAUUUCACUACAGUGUUACCAAAAGAAGACAUUGGUGAAAGAGAAUUACAUUUGGCAGUGCUCGCUGGCCUCAAUUCAAGGACACUUGUUCCUGUUUACAUCAAAGUGAAACCUCAGGUGGCGGAAGUGAACAACAAAUGCAACAAGAAAGUGUUAACCUGUCCCUUUUGCCUCGGUACAUUUGUUAGCAAAGAGACCUACGAGAUGCAUCUGAAAGAGCGGCACCAUAUAAUGCCGACUGUACAUACAAUUUUGAAGUCCCCUGCUUUCAAGUGCAUCCACUGUUGUGGCGUGUACACUGGGAAUAUGACUCUCACGGCCAUCGCCGUACAUCUGCUCCGUUGUAGAAGUGCUCCCAAAAACAGCAACUCGAGCCUGAAGAUGCAGCUUGAGCGUAGUGAGAAGAAGGAGCUGCUGUUGGUGAACGGCGACAGGCAUGAUUCCGUCAUCCUGAAAAGGAAGCAGUCGGAUUCCUGCUUCCUUUCGGAAGACCAAAGGAAUAAGGAACAGCAGGCUCUAGGCUUAAGUACUGGCAUAGCUCUGUCUCCAGAAAAAGAAGUGAAUUCAAGGGUAGUGCCUUUCAAACGACAAAAGAUUAAUAGCAGGACUGAGAUGAGGAAGCUUCCCUCCAGCGAGGAUCUUCACAUCCUGGCGGUAGAUCCCAAACAGUACGAUUACAAUUCAUACGAGGCUCAGAACCAGUUUUUGACAGACUACUUUCACGAGAAGCCGUAUCCUUCUAAAAAAGAGAUGGAAUUACUUUCCUCUCUGCUCUGUGGGUGGAAAAUUGAUGUUGCAUCCUUCUUCGGAAAAAGGAGGAAUAUAUGCUUAAAGGCGAUAAAUAAUCACAAGCCAUCUGUGCUGCUGGGUUUCAGUAUGUCGGAGCUGAAGAACAUUAAGCACAGCUUGAACAUACGUGAUGAGCCAUUAGAUGUGUAA